AUAAAACAAUUCAUCACAAUACUUAAUUUUUAGGGCCCCUCCUUUCUUCUCUUCCCACUCUGUAUUUCAUCAGGAUUCAGGGAUCCUUAUACAAAGGCAAUGGACUUCCCCAUUUUCCCUCCAUCUUCAAACAUAAAGACCAUUUCUUCAAUUCUCAAAAACACACACAAAAAUGACCUCCUUAGAAACAGAUCAAGACUUUUUUCUUGAUUAUUUAUAUUGCGAUGAAAAAUGUCAUAAUGAAGAUUUAAAUGAAGAAAAAAAAUAUCAUGAUGAUCAUACUCGUGGGUCAUUAAAUUGUUCUUGUUAUGGUGAAGAUGAUGAUGAAGAACAACAACUUAAGGAUUUGUUUUCUAAAGAAGAAAAUACCCAUUGUAGUGAGGGUGUUUUGGUUGCUAAUAAGUCAUUAAUGGAAGCUAGAAAAAAAGCUUUGGAAUGGAUGAUUAGAGUUAAUUCAUACCAUAAUUUCUCUGUAAUUACUCUUGUUUUAGGUGUUAAUUACUUUGAUAGGUUUAUGUUGAGUUUUGGGUUUCUAAAGGAAAUGCCAUGGGUGACCCACAUAGCUGCUGUUGCUUGUCUUUCUUUGGCUUCCAAGAUUGAAGAAACCCAUGUUCCUCUUUUGUUAGAUUUCCAAGUUGAGCAUGAACAGAUAUUUGAAGCAAAAGUGAUACAGAGAAUGGAGCUUUUAGUGCUUUCAACACUUGAAUGGAAAAUGAAUGCAGUUACCCCACUUUCCUAUUUUGGACAUUUAAUAAGAAAGCUCAAGUUAAAGACGAAUUAUCACUGGGAUAUCUUAUGCAGAUGUGAAUCCUUAAUACUUUCUGCCUUCCUUGAUCCCAGAUUUUUGUGCUAUGUUCCAUCUGUCUUGGCAGCAGCUAGUAUGGUGCUCACUUUGGAAGAAAUGGGAAUAUGGAGUACUCUUGAACACCAAAAUGAUAUCAUGGAUAUCUUCAAAUUUGACAAGGAGAAGGUAGAAGAGUGCUACAGAUUCAUGAAAGAAUUGUCAAGCAAUGCGAAAGUACACAAAAGAAAGUUUUACAAUAUAUCAGAAGGCAGCAGAAGUCCAAAUAAUGUUCUUGAUGUUGUGUCAGACUAUCAGUCAAAUGAGAGCUUUAAUAAACAAGACUCAUUAUCAAUGAUCUCCAUACUACCAUCUACUAAAUCUCAACCUAAAAAAUGUAGGACUGUGGGACCCACAUGUUUUGGCUAGCUCAAAGUUAUUCACAUGUCCAACUAAUUCUAAGUUUCCUUGAAGCUUCUUGUUGGACAAUCCAUAAGGAACUCUUCCCUACAUGACUUGUAGCACUCUUUUAGUAGUAGUAAUAAAACAUCUCUAAGCAAAAUAGACGUUCUAAUUUUAGAAGAAAAAUGAUAGUGGCUUGAGGGAUGAGUACAAGAAGAAAUUGAUAGUCUAAGGACACUUUACUAGUGUAGAAUUAGGAGUUGUUAAUUCUUAAUUUGUAAUAAGAUUUUACACUUAAUUGCAUUUUGUAUGGCCUUGUUGUUUUUGAAUAUUGUGAAAAAAAACAAACAAAUUCAAUAUUCUGAUUUUGGCUCGUGAAA